GAAAAUUGCACCCUCUCCAGAUCAAGACCACUAGCAAGUUGAACGUGCGAACUGCACUCGCAGUCUGCAGAACGAAGGGGGUUCGCGCGACGACAGACGUGAAGAGAGGCGUCGGAUUGCCUUUGCAAUGCUGGGGUUUUGUCAGGUUCGAAAGCGAACGAGGCCGCAACGUUCUGGAAAGCAAGUAGAUUUCUGGUGGAGGAGGAAUUGUCCAACAAGAAGGACAGAUUGCAGUUGAGGAUUGGGAAAAAGAGCAACAAAGAGUUGGGGGUCGUUCUUGUAGGUGGACGCAGUUCUUCUGCAAGGAGAGGCUUUGUAGAAACGACAAGAGCGGUGCACUUCUCACCGCUUCCUUGAAAAGCAUCUCCUUGCUCACAAUUGAGGGUGCAUUAAUCCAGUCAAGAUGAUUGGGUCAUUCAUCACAAGGGGCGCUAUAAUGGCGUUAGGGUACUUGUACCCUGCCUAUGAGUGCUACAAAGCUGUGGAGAAGCCCCGCCCAGACAUGGACCAGUUGCGAUUCUGGUCGCAGUACUGGGUGAUCAUGGCUGUCAUCACGGUCUCAGAGAGAGUAGCUGACGUCUUCAUUGCAUGGAUUCCAAUGUACUGCGAAGCUAAACUGGCCUUUAUUGUGUACCUCUGGUAUGACAAGACAAAGGGCACGACGUACAUCUACCAGCAGUUCCUGAAGCCGGUGCUGACUCAGCACGAGCCCGAGAUCGACCGCCGCCUGCACGAGCUCAAGACGCGCGCGGGGGACGUCGCGCUCGAGUAUUGGCGGCUGGGAUACAACUACGCCUACGGAAAGGUUCUUAUGCUGCUCACGCAGGGGUCGCUGCAGCCGCCCCCGCCCCCGCAACAGGACUACAGGGCGCAGCCGCCACCCCCGCCGAGGGAGUAUGGCCGGCGCACUCGGGACAGGGCGUACCCGUCAUACGUGGUCGAGAACGACGGCUCCGAUUACGAGGUCGUCGAGCCAAACGAGCCGGAGCCAAUGGAUGCAGCAGAUUACGCGACACCUACACCUGUGACACGCAACGUCCGCCAGCGAGCAAACCGUCAAUAUUGACCUCAAAAGCUAGGUCGACGAAAGUAGAACUACAAGCCAUGGGGCACAGUCGGUUAGAAGUAUACGAAUGAAAGUCAAGCUCCGUGCAUUCCGUUAUGACAACACAUAAGGCAAACAAAGGAGGGAAGAAAAUGUAGUAUGUACAGUACCGUUCGAUUAGAAACUUCAGUUCCUUAGCCAAAUGUAGUCCUGUACAUAGUGACCUCAUCAAGUCAAGUGGAAGUAAGCGACAAUAUGAUGCAGCAUACGGUAGAUUGUGCCUCGAUAUGUGCUUGAACCUGGCAUGUGUCGAAGACUUCUAUCAUGUAUACUUGAAGCAAUGACGUAUGCAUGACGUUCCAGGACUCGAGUCCCUAG